AUGUUAGGGCUUAGGAAGGAAAUUUGUGAAGGUCAUUUAGGAGGCGGUGUCCACUCCGUCUUGCCGUCUUGGGGAAAAUUAUUACCAAGCAUUGCCAGGGGAUUGUUAGGAGAAGAAACUUGGUCUUUGUGUGCUAAAAAUCUGCCCUCCCCAAGGAGGUGUCCCAUCUGCUAUGAAAUUCUUGACCCCCUCGGAACUGUCAGGCUAGAAGGAGGAGGUUACAUAAGUGAGUACGAAUUGGCAUUUCCAGAGACAGCCUGGGACGUGGAAUAUUUAACCCAUCUGUAUUUUCAUCCGCACCUGAUCAAGGCCCCAAAGCAGAAUGGACUUUAA